AUGCAGCUCACGAAAGUAUUUGUUGGCGCAUAUAUCGCAUCAACCACUUUUGCACUACCAACUGCUCUUUUCCCCCUAGAAAAAAGGGCAUUAGAGUUCCGCAAAUAUGCAGACUUCCAAGUUUCAGACGGCGUUGCGGGCAACGCGCUGAACGAGGUUAAAGCGAAAUUUCCCAUUGAUACCAACAACUUGAAGGCUGUCUCGGAAGGAGAUCUGGCAAUUAUCAAGGCUGCCCGAGAAACCGCUGAGGCAGCUGAAACAGAUGCAUUCAACAGCCAGAUCAAAGCGACGAGUGGUGACGAAGCCAAGGCAUUGCAGAAUGGAAAAAUCAAGAACAAAGUCUUAAAACUGUUUUUGGAAGUGUCAGCACUCCAGAUUCAGCAGGCUCAGGGAGCGAGCAACCAAGCCAAGAUAGAUCAGGAACAAAAGAAACUAACCAACAACAUCAACUUGGACAAGAAGGCGGCGGGUGGUGCUAGCAAAGCCGUCAACUUUGCAAAGGAUGUGCAGCCUAGUGUCUAA